GGCUGUCUGUCAAAUUGUCAGUGUCAGGAUUGACGCGAGUUUGUUGUCUUUUGGGUUGGAUUAGAUUAGUUAUUAGUUUGUUAUGCGUUAAAGCUCUGGUUUUAAUUUAUAAUCAACAUUUUUUUACAGGAGAGGAUUUGGCUAAAUUUUAAUACAGGAUAAAUUAAAUUUUUGCAAUUUAUUCAGAACAAUUAUAUUUCAUCGGUAAAAAAUAAUAUUUUUAAAGGGUGGACACUAUAAACAUUCAAAAUGAUAAUUGAUAGAAGACUUAUAAAUGUCGCGACAUUGGGACUUGCAUUCAUGUUGGUAUUUACUGCUUUUCAAACGAUGGGAAACAUUGAGCAAACUGUGCUAGAGAGUAUUCAUAAAGAGGACCCAACGUUCACAGGCAAUGGCUACACAAGCCUGGCCAUCAUCUACUCUGUGUUUGCUGUGUGCAACUGGCUGUCCCCGUCCAUGAUCAGUGUAUUGGGACCUCGGCUUACCAUGUUCAUUGGAGGCAUCAUCUAUGGACUGUUCAUUGCAUCGUUCCUGUGGCCCCAGACAUGGCUGCUGUACUCAGCCUCAGCCCUGAUCGGAGUGGGAGCUGCGGCAAUCUGGACUGGCCAAGGGACCUAUUUAACUCUGAACUCUGACUCUACCACUAUAUCCCGCAAUUCUGGUAUCUUCUGGGCUAUGUUGCAGAGCAGCAUGUUCUUUGGCAACAUAUUCGUGUCUUUUGCAUUCCACAACAAGACUCAGAUUGACGCCGGCACGCGCACGUUGGUGUUCAGCGUGUUGUGUGCGGUCUGUGGCCUGGGAGUUGUGGUGUUGCUGCUGCUGCCUCGGCCUCGGACCCACGAUGGUGAAUGUGUGCCACAAACUGAGGCUGCACCUCUGAAGGCUCUCAAAGGCGCUUUCACCCUCUUUCUUACAAAGGAGAUGUUGUUACUUUGUGUAACUUUUCUGUACACAGGCUUUGAACUGUCUUUCUACAGUGGUGUGUACAGCUCUUGUAUUGGUUUUACCAAGGAGCUGGGCGAAGGAGUCAAGACUUUGGUGGGUCUGUCUGGGAUCUUCAUUGGCUUCGGAGAAGUGCUUGGAGGUGUGGUGUUCGGACUUCUUGGCACUCGAACCAUCCGUUGGGGCAGGGAUCCGAUUGUGAUCCUAGGAUUCAUCAUCCAUAUGGUGGCAUUUUUUAUCAUCUACCUCAACCUGCCAGACUCUGCCCCCUUUGGUGACACUCCAGAGAAGGCAUACAUACAGAGCAGUGCGAUGUUGGCCAUCUUCUGCAGUUUCCUGUUGGGUCUGGGUGAUAGCUGUUUCAACACCCAGGUUCUGUCAAUCCUGGGUGGGAUGUACCCUGAUGACAGUGCUCCAGCCUUUGCUAUCUUCAAGUUCACCCAGUCAUUAUCAGCUGCUGGCAGCUUCUUUUACAGCAACCAGGUGGGACUACACAUGCAGCUGUACAUGUUGGCUGCGUGGGGUACUGUGGGGACCUUUACGUUCUGUCUAGUCGAGGGCAUGAACAGGCGUCUGCAGGCAUACACCCCCUCAUCUGUCGUUGUGGUAUCAGAUCCCAAACAGAAAUAGGGCAUGCAAUAGUUACCUGAGAGGACAGAAGGGAAUCUUUACAGAGGCGUACUGGUUUUGUAUGUUGGUUUUAUUCAUGUACAAACAUUUCAAUGUGAUUCAUAGGUGUUUGUUUGCCAUCCUAGAUCAAAUACAUUUGAGAAAAUGUAGAAUAUUUUGAAGUGUUCCAUCACUAACAACAAAGCUAAAACUGCCAUAUCAAUUGAAAAAAAAAAACAACGAAGUUACACGUUUAAAAAGUGAUAGAACUAAAAUUAAUUUAUUAAUAAGGUAGUUUUGGGCUGUUACAGAAUUUGGUGAUUCCAUUCAACUGAACUGGUGAUAAGAAAUGUACUAUUUACCAAGCAACUAAUUCAUUAUUAGUAAUAUUUACUUAAUUUUGAAAAAUUAUAAUAAUUAUGUGUUUACAAUGUCAUGUCUUUAUUGCAUUCAGUAGGAAUCCUCACUGGCAAAGAUUCUUUGACCAAUUUUCAGUAUCAUUGAUUCUUGGAAUUUUAUCCUCUGAAGGUGCUAAUAUGUAAGACACUUGUUAUGAAACAUUUUAAAGACAUAAAUUUGCAUACUUGUUUACUAAGACAAAUGUAAAUAGAAAAUUACAGUGCGUAGAUUUAAACCAUGUAUUACUGAAAUUUUAAUCUUUGAAUAAAAAUUACAAACAAUCAAAAGAGGUUAGCCUACAUUAAAAACAGCAUUUAUGAUUUUAUUUUGAGGAUUGAUUUUUUAGCUAUACAUAUUUGAAUGUAUAACAAACAAUAAAGAUAUUGAUAUAGCCUAGACCAACAAUAAAUUACUGUACCAAACAAAAGAUGAAGUCUUGAGACAAUUAUUAUCUGUUGGGUCAGUUGCAAAUACAAAACUGUAAGAUUGAGCAACUUCAAAUACAAGAAAAUUUUAUGAAUUUUCCUGAAAGACUUUUGAUGAUUUUUUAUACGUAGGUGAUAGAGAUGUUUUCCAAUUUUAUAUAAUAAGUAAAAAUAGAUAGUUUUUGUGUAAUUUUGUCUUCCAACCCUUUUGUGUCUGUAAAUAUCCUGUAUAUUAUUGUAAAUGUAAAAUGGUAUUAAUAAAUGUCUUAGGUUUUUAUUUUUAUGUUUAUGAUUAUUUAAGUAGAUCCAUCCUUAUGGAGAUAUAUUAAUAUAUUUAUACAAUUCAAACUAGGAUCUUUAUCAAAGAUAUAUUUAUUUUAAAUAAUAGAUAUAAUAAUAUAUAUUUAAAAUAAAAAUAGAACUCAUUACUUUGUGAUUUAAAAUAAAAUGACAGGUAUGUUUCAAUAUUUAAAAGUAAAAUUAACAAAAUACAAAUAUGAGAUGCGUUUGGAAAGUAAGUAGCCUACCAUUUCACCAUAAACCACAACGUCACUGUGUUCGGCACUUGUUUCUUAAUUUCAUCAUCUCCAAACUGAUGCCAUUACAAUUGACUAAUCUUAUUUUGUUUGCUAUGGUUGUUUAAGAUUUUCAAAACGAUGACCCUACUCGCUGUCUGAUUUGAUUUAUUAUUUGGUUUUUGAAUGCAAGUAAUGUCUAGGCAGCAGAAAUUCAUAAUCAGAUUACAGAGAUUAACAGUGAAAGUGAAAUUAGUGAUGGAAUUGUGCAAAUAGUUUCUGAAGUUCAAUGAAGGGAUUAUUAUUUUUCAUAUUCUUUUCAUAUUAUUUUUUACUGUUUCCUAAAAAUGUACCCUUUUAGUGCUACUAUCUCCAGCCUACUAGUGUAUCUAAGAGUGCCAACCAAUUUUACCAAACAUGUAGUAGUUUUGGAAAAGAUUAUAAUAUAUUUAUUUUAAGAAAUAAUUUGAAAGUUUUUGAAAUGUUUUGUUAAUUACAAAAUAGUAAACAGACGUACAUAAAAUAUCUUUUCCAACUAUGUAAAUAUAAGACCAAAAAAUCAAUAAAUUGUAAAAAUAGUUCAUUUGUAA